ACGCGAAGGUGCAUCAUUAUUAUCAAUAUGCCACCAAAAUACGCAAAAUACGCAAAAUACAUCAGCACCCCUUUUUAAUAUAGUGAAAUAUAUCGAAUUAAUGAACCUAGUUAUGUUUUUCGUAUUAUUUAUGUUCUCGAGAAACCUUUAAACGAGGAAACAUUGUUCGGUUUAUUCAUCUUUAAAAGCUAUAUACUGCGUUUUAUGUGCGCAACCUUGUUCACUUCAGGAUAGUUAGGAGGAGGAUCAGCUGAAAACUUAAAACUCUAACAAGAAACGAUCAUUGAAUUUAUGUUUAAAACCCAUAACGGGUGAUCGGCUAGAUUACGUAUCCACAGGGAAAUUUUAUGUCAGUAAAUAUUAAGAUGGACAGUAUCAGUAAACCCAUGUUUGAUCCUAAAGAGCACCAGCAUUUAAGGUACAAUCCUCUGCGGGACUCAUGGGUUCUGGUCUCGGCCCAUCGAAUGAAGCGUCCGUGGAAAGGACAGGUGGAGAAACCGUCUGAGGACAACAUCCCACGACAUGACCCUAAUAACCCUCUCUGUCCUGGCAGUGUGAGAGCUAAUGGAGAGGUGAAUCCUGAGUAUGACAGCACAUUCAUGUUUGAAAAUGAUUUCCCUGCUCUCCAGCCUGAUGCUCCAGACCCCGGUUCAGAUCAUCACCCACUUUUCCAGAGCAAAGCAGCCAGAGGCAUUUGUAAGGUCAUGUGUUUCCACCCCUGGUCUGACGUCACCCUCCCUCUCAUGCAGCCUACAGAGAUCCGAAAAGUGAUUGACAAGUGGGCGGAUCUGAUUGUAGAGCUGGGCGCUGCAUACACAUGGGUGCAGAUCUUUGAGAAUAAAGGAGCCAUGAUGGGCUGUUCAAACCCCCAUCCUCACUGUCAGGUUUGGGCCAGCAAUUUUCUUCCCAAUGAGCCGACGCUGGCAGAGCGCUGUCAGAGAGACUUCCUGCAGAAGCACGGAGAGCCGAUGCUGGUGCAGUACGCUCGAAUGGAGGCACAAGCACAGGUGCGUGUGGUAGUGGAAAAUGAGCAUUGGUUGGUGGUGGUGCCGUAUUGGGCGACAUGGCCCUUUCAGACGCUGCUGUUGCCACGACGACAUGUCCUGCGUCUCCCUGAGCUCACGGCCCAAGAGAGAGACAGUCUGGCAUCCAUAAUGAAAAGACUCCUGACGAAAUAUGACAACCUCUUUGAGGUCUCCUUCCCCUAUUCAAUGGGAUGGCAUGGGGCUCCGACAGGAAGUUAUCUAAAGGAAGACAUGAGCCACUGGCAGCUACAUGCUCACUACUAUCCUCCUCUACUGCGAUCCGCAACCAUCCGCAAGUUUAUGGUUGGAUAUGAAAUGCUAGCUAAUGAACAGAGGGAUCUUACACCUGAACAGGCUGCAGAACAGUUAAGAAAGCUCGGAGAGGAACAUUAUAAGGUGAAAAAAACAGAAGGUGAUGGAGGGAUGGAGAACUAAAAGAGUGUGACCUGUCGGCCACCUUCUGUGUCCAGCGGCCAGAUAAUGAGAACAUAAAACUGAGAGAAACAGAUGGAGCUGUAAGACGAUUCAUCUGUUUUAGUGCUGAGUUUAAAAAUUUGAGCUAACUACUUUCUGAACCACUUUUUUCCCCAUUUCAUUUAAGUUAGAAGUUAAAAUUGGCUUCCAAGUUUCUUUUUAGGACCCUAAAGGCCAAACCAUGGGAGCUGGUAAUUGCUCAGUUGACAGCCAAAGUGAUUUUUCAGAAAAGUUUGAAAUGACAAGUUGUAAUUUUUGCUUAUACUGUAUACUGUAUACUUUAUAGAAUGCUGUAUGUUAUUUCUAUAGCUUUAAAUUCUUUAAUAAAGUUUUUUUUUUUUUUUUUUUUUGGCCAAAUAAAUUUUGGAAGGAAACAUUAAAAAUAAGUAGAUAACAAUGGAAAAAUGUGCUUUUAAAGUGCUCAGAAACUAUUGGAAAAGACUUUCACCUAGCGGACAAGUGAACAAUUGUUAAAUUAGGCAUUUAUAUAGUGCUUUACUAUGUACUACAGUACACUCAACACCAACACGUUUUACAAUCAUAUCAGGGAUCUCUCCUCAUCCACAUGGACGAUGCGACAGCAGCCGCAGAACAAUGGUACCAGUGCGCUCACCACACACCAGCUAUAGGUGGAGAGGAGAGAGAGUGAUAGAGCCAAUUCAUAGGAUGGAGAUUAUUAGGAGGCCAUUGAAGGGAAUUUGGGAGACGUGCCAUGGGAUUUUAAAUGACCUCGGUCUAACGUCUCAUCGGAAGGACAGUGCUUGUUACGGUAAAGUGUCCCCUUCACUAUACUGGGGCAUUAGGACAAACACAAACCACAAGGUGAGCACCCCCUGCUGGCCUUACUAACACCUCUUCCAGCAGCAACCUAGUUUUUCCAGGAGGUCUCCAAUCCAGGUACUGACCAGGCUCAACCCUGCUUAGCUUCAGUGGCCAAUAAGGCUUGGGCUACAGGGUAAUAUGGCUAUGGCAACGUGCCUUGCAACACCCUAGAACACCUUAGAACAUCCUAGCCACCACCUAAAAACAUAACGUAAAUCACAUAGCCGUGCCUAACAACCACCUAUAACAAUCUUGCAGCUACUUACAACUUAGCAACUGUCUAGGCAACUAUCCAAGAAACCCUUGAAACCAUAUAUUAAGCAACCAUUUAGAAUACAUAGCAUCUCCCUAGAGACAACUGUCUAACAACUCUCAGGCAACUACCCAAAACACCAUAGAAACCAUAUAUCAACACCUUGCUACCAUUUAUAACACCUAGAAGCUCCCUAGAAACACUCUACCAUUUAGCUCCCAUGCAGCACACCCAGGCAACCACCUAGAACACUUUAUCAACUGCCUAGCAGCACCAUAGAAAACACUAUAACAACCACAGAAGACCCUAGCAACUGCCUAACAACAUCUUAGAACAUCCUAGCCACCACAGAACCGUGUCUAACAACCUGUUAUAACAACACUGAAAUGACAUAGCAAACACCUACAACUCAGCAACUUUCUAACAACUUUCAGGCAACUACCCAAAUCACCAUAUAAGUCACAUAUCAACACCUCAGCAAACAAUUAGAACACCUACAAGCUCCCUAGAAACAUUCGACCAUUUAGCUUCCAUGCAGUACACCCUAGCAACCACUUAUAUAACACUUUAUCAACUGCCUCACAACACCCUAGAAACCACCCUGACAACCACAGAACACCCUAGCAACCGUGCCUAACAACCAACCAAAACAACCUAGCAACCACCUACAACUUAGCAACUGUCUAACAACUCUCAGGCAACUACACAAAACACCCUAGAAACGUGUAUAUCAACACUUUAGAAACCACCCAUAACACCCCAGCAUAAUGUUUUGCACAGACAAGCACUUCUUCAACUUUCUUCUGAAAAUGUAAAAUCCAGUCAAAUGUUCUUUUAUUUAUUAUUAGCAAGAACUUUCUACAGUACACGCCAGCAAUGUCUAACUUGGCUUUCUGUAGCCGUUAAAACGGAAAGCGUAAUUCACGGCCUCGGGGCAGCUCACUUAAUGAGGGAAAUGUGUUCAGCGGAUCGGUUUUCCUUUUUCUGCGCUGCACCUGCCGAGCUGCAGUUCCGUUUAUGCCAGCGCUCAAAUGUCUGACAUUGAGAGGCGAAACGUUUUUCUUGUCAAGCCAAUUUACAGUGGCACAACAGAAGGUCUCUCUCCCACGCCAGGUGCUCCAUCAUUCUCUCUGUCAGUGAUCCUCAGUGUACUUAAGAACGUGAGCAGGCCCAGUCUGUCUGCGGCAGCAUCCAUCUGUUCAGGUGUCUGUUGUCACAGAGAACGAGCGGUUAGGAUCGUUCAAAGCAGACGCCGGGGACGGAUGAGCUCUUCACCAUGCUGUGGUGAAAUCAUGAAUCAUAAAGGAAACUAAAUUUGGGUUCACUGUGCUUUUGUUGUCGUAACACUGGAAAGGAAGUUCAUAGAAAAUUCUUUCCUUCACAUUGGCUGCAUUUACACUGCAAGGUCUAAUGCACAGACCCCACAUUUUGACAUUGUUCCCUCCAUCUGUUUACGUUCAAUUACAUAGACAUAACUGACUAUGUUUACAUUAAUACCCAGUCAGACCGUGCAACGCCUCGCUGCCCAAAUUGAUCUGUGCUGUGCUAUCACUGGUUCGCAAAAUAAAUUCUUUCAGAGCUGUCCAGUGGGCUCAUGUAGAUAUUGGAGUAUGCCAUGUUGUUUAGUCAAGUUCUCCGGUUUUGUCCCUCUUUGGGACCAUAAAUAGAUCAUUGACAUUUUUAUAUUAAAUUAUAUUUAAAAUGUACAGACAAAAUCGUUCAUAAUGUUUAGGAAAAAAAUAACAAGCAAUUUUGUUAAAAUGUUAUACAUAUUUAAAAAUGUGCGCCAUGCCAAAAAAAAAGAAAAAAGAAUGAAAAAAUGAUAUAGCAGGCCCUCAAGUCUCUUAAAAUAUUGCAUCAUUUGACAGUUUAUGACAUGACAAGUUAGUUCAGGUUGUAAAAAACUUAAAAUCAUGUUAUUUGCCCCAAAAUAUUCAUCACAAAUAUUAUAUUAAAUGAUGUAUAUUUCAGAUAAUUUUUAGAAUAUAUUUUUUAUUUAUUUUAAAAUUUCAUUUUGUUUUAUAUUUUAUUUUGAUACUUACAUUACAUUUACAUUUAAUCAUUUAGUAGACACUUUUAUCCAAAGCAACUUACAAAUGAGGAGAACAAUAGAAUCAAUCAAACCAACAAAAGGGCAACAAUAUUCAAUAUUCAUGUGUUGUACAAGUAGCAUAGUACACACACAGCAAGUUUGUUUUUUAAUAAAUAAAAAAUAAAUAGAUAUAUGGAAUAGAAUAGUAAGUCUUAGUAUUAACGGGACAAAUGUUGACGAAAAAGAUGCAUCUUUAGCCGUUUCUUGAAAAUGGCUAAAGACUCAGCAGCUUGGGGUUGAGUUAGGCAGGUCAUUCCACCAGCAUGGAACAGUCAAUGUCCGUGAAAGUGAUUUUGUGCCUCAUUGGGAUGGCACCACAAGGCGCCAUUCACUUGCAGAGCACAACCUUCUGGAGGGCACAUAAGCCUGAAGAAGUGAGUUUAGGUACAGUAUAGGGGUGCAGAGCCAAUGGUUGUUCUGUAGGCAAACAUCAGUGCCUUGAACUUGAUGCGAGCGGCAAUUGGCAACCAUUGCAAAUUGAUUUAGAGAGGCAUGACGUGGACUUGGGCUUGUUAAAGACCAAGUUUGCAAGUGCUUGCUGGAUGACCUACCAAGAACCAAGAUAGCAUUACAAUAGUCCAGUCUGGAUAGAACAAGAGCUUAGACAAGGACUUGUGUAGCAUGCUCCGAGAGUAAGGGCCUGAUCUCCCUAAUGUUGUAUAUGGCAAAUCUGCAUGACCAGGUAAUUCAAGAAAUGUGGUCUGUGAAGUUUAAAUGAUCAUCAAUCACAACUCCAAGGUUUUUGGCUGUCCUGGACAGAGUUAUGGUUGACAAACCUAGCUGAAUGGAGAAGUUGUGAUGAAGUGUUGGGUUGGCUGAGACCACAAACAGUUCUGUCUUUGCAAGGUUGAGUUGAAGAUUAUGGUCCUUCAUCCAGCAAGAAAUGUCUGUCAGGCAGGCUGAGACGCGAGCAGCUACCUUCGGAUCAUCUGGCUGUAAUGAGAGGUAGAGUUGUGUGUCAUCAGCACAGCAGUGAUAGGAAAAACAAUGUUUCUGAAUGACAGAUCCCAGUGAUGACAUGUAGAUAGAGAAGAGAAGUGGUCCAAGCACUGAGCCCUGAGGCACCCUAUUAGCUAGAUGUUGCAACUUAGACACCUCACCCCUCCAAGACACCCUGGAGGAACAAACUGAGAAGUAACACUUGAACCACUGAAGUUUAGUUCCUGAUAUGCCCUUCAUCAUGAGGGUUGACAGAAGGAUCUAGUGGUUAACUGUGUCAAAAGCAGCAGACAGAUCCAGCAAGAUGAGUAGAUGAGUGAUAUUGUUAGUGAUAUUACAUAAACAGAUAAACAGAUUAGUGAUAUUACUAUUCCAGUUCAUUUGUCACUCUGGAAAUGAAAGGUUAAGUCAAGCACAUUGUGGGAUACAGUUAUCAGUUGUUAUGUGCUCUGCAAUAUACUGCACGUUUUGCCAAAUGUCCCAAACAUACAGAAAAUGUGUAUACUAUGCACAGUAUACAUACAAAGUAAGAAGACUAUUGUGCUAUUUCUCCCUCAGUGUGGCCCACAGCUAAACCUCAUUGGUGUAAAAUUCAUAUAGCUGUAUAUUAAACAUCCAAAAAGUUCUGAUUUUGUUACACUGCAUCAUGAAACAUUUUUCUUUCAGUGAGGACAGAAAAUGACUUGAUGCCAGAAACAUCUGGCAAAGACUCUGAAUCAGACAGUCUUUCAUUUGUAUAUUUUCUUAGGCUGCAGUUUUAUCUUUUACCUUUUUUGAGUUCUUUGAGUGCUCAAAUGUUUUCAAAGACUGUACUUUGAAGAAAAAAGUUCAUACGGCCGCUUCUGGAAAAUCAACUUUUGUCAUCUGUCAUUUUUGUUCCCUCACAUUUUCAAUCUCUUCACAUUUCAUAAAACUAGUGAACAAGCUGCAACUUCUGUACAUGAAAAAUCUUCACAGAAUAAGCGACAACGGCUUGGUUGCUGUGCCGAGAAGGUCAUUUGUCCUCGACUUCGAGAUUGGGUCCUUGUGCUGUCAUCCGUUAACUGAGCAUUGCCUCCCUUGAGCUGCAUCACUCCUACCUUACUGUCUUUUCCACAAUCACAAUCCUGAACUUCUUCAAAAGCUUUUCACAUUAAAAAAAAACACUCCUGGUUGGCUGCUGGCCCAAAGUUGUCGAUUGAUACUGUUCGAUCAAUCUGUUUGUCAUAAGAGCCCGAUUGUUGCCAGUUGCCCACUCUGAAGUUUUCUGGCAAACUCCUUGCACACAUCGCAACAACCCCUUGAAGCCGAUCAUUUAUCUUCAGCACAGUUUAUAGGCUGUGAAUGCCAUUACCAGUCGGGCCUGUCUAAAAUCCAUAAGGAGAUAUGUGUUUAUUAAAAAGAUGUCUUGUAAUCAAUAGCGGCUUUCCCCUUCGAUGGAGAGCUGCUGUACGUUAUCUUGCCAGUGAGUGACAUUGAUAAUACUGGAUCAAUUUUGUUUUUAGGAGACUAUUUAAACAAUCUAUAAUAUUGCAGGAGGGCUAAUGCAUCUUAGUCAGGCUGCUCGCCUUUGACGUCAAGUCAGUAACUUUUUCUGUUGGGUUUGAAAUAACACGUUGAAAAUGGCUGUCAAAGAUUUGUAGAAGAUGAAUUGAUGUCAGAAUAAUGGAGGAUAUCUGUGUAGACAGUUCAGAUAAGGGUGCUGUUGCUUUACAGCUUUUUACAAGCACUUUCAUUCAAGUCAACAUGAAAUCAAAAUUAAACUUUCUCAUUACUCGUA